UUGUAGAACAAGGUAGCUGAACUGGAUCGACUAUCGAACUAUCGCAAGGCCAAACUGACAGAUAACUCAGCAUUCUUACAGUUUAAUUGGAAAACUGAUGUGGUUGAAUCUUGGAUCAGUAAGUUCUAUAUCAUGCGAGGAAAUUGGUGUAGGAAUUUUUUAGUAAUGUAAGCUAGAAUUAAUGGAUUGUAUAAUUUCCAUUUCCCAGGCGACAAAGCUACAGUAGUCGAGUCUGAGGAUUGUGGAAAGGAUUUGGCCUCAGUGCAAACACUACUGAAUAAGCAAGUAUGUUGGGAAUUCCUCUUAAUAUUGAAUGAAUUUUCUCUAGAAAAAACUUGUAUGUUUGUAGUGGUUGCAUAUCUUUGGUGGUUUUGCACCAACUUUGCACAAUACCCCAUGUCAUUUGUUGUGCUUUUUCCCAGGUGACCUUCGAGUCAGGUUUGCAAGCAUUUGAACAAGAAGGAGUCCAGAAAGUGACCACACUGAAAGAUGAUUUAGUCAAAGCUCAGCAUGCUCAAUCUCCUGCAAUCAUGGGAAGAAAUGACGAACUGGUUCAAAGGUUAACUAAAAUAACUUUAUUUAUACUGGAUAACUCUACCAGUUUUAAACUGUUCUUCUGUGAGGCCCAGUAAGGAUCAUCUCUAAUUGAUCCAGUGUUACUACAGGUAGACUUGCUCCAAGUCUCUCUUUCAUUGUCAUAUAGUAUCGAUCCACUAUAGUGUACAUUGCAUGACGUAGCACGGAGAGGCGGAGCGAGAAAGAGAGACUUGUCAACUUCGGAAAAUCUCGGUUCAAAACUGAACCGAAAAUGCAAGACUUGCUUUAAUUGUUUUCCUUCAAUUUCUUUCCGUAUUAUUUACUAUUAUGGAACUCGUGUUAUUUACACUGUGGUAGAUCAAUACAUAUAAACACUGACAGAAAACAAUUAAAGCAGGUCUUGCAUUUUCGGUUCAGUUUUGAACCGAGAUUUUCCGCAGUUGACAAGUCUCUCUUUCUCCCUCCGCCUCUCCGUGCUACGUCAUGUAAUGUACACUAUAGUGGAUCGAUACUAUAUGACAAUGAAAGAGAGACUUGGAGAAAGUCUAUACUACAGGAGGAAAUGCAAGUACCCAGAGAGCACCUGCUGUGUUUGGCAGAGGCCACAUGUUUAGUUUGCAAUCUUGGCUUUGAUUUAUCUUCUUGCCAUGCUUACGAUUUUUCUAAACAUAGAUGGCAAGCUUUGCUCGAAGCAUCUGCGUCUCGUAAGGAACAGCUUUUGAAGUCACAAGACAAAUACAAGAAAGUGGAAGACAUGUACUUGCUGUUUGCUAAGAAAGCUUCAGCCUUCAACAGUUGGUUCGAGAAUGCCGAAGAAGACUUGACUGAUCCUGUUCGCUGUAAUUCUGUUGAGGAAAUCAUGGUAAGACACUUAGUUGAUGUUGGAUUGGUAAACUAACCAAAUUAUGUAUCAGUUCUUAACUGUCCUCCGUAACGCCUGUAUUCUAAAAGCUCACUUACACUCAAUGAGUGGAGGUUCAAUCUGAGCUUCUCUUGAGUGUCAGUGCUGUUUUUGAAUAGCUGGAGAGUGAGUAGUCACAUAGUAAGGUACAAGACUAACCCUCCAGCAAUUCGAUUGGGGUGAGAUUACAAUCAGCUGAAUAUUGCAGGAAUCGAACCUCGGUACCAACACUCUGUAGUCUUUCUUAUGCAUGACGUAUUAUGAAAUAUUUCAGGUUCUUCAAGACCAACAUGAACAAUUCCGUGAAUCGCUGCAACAAGCUGAGGAAGACAUGAGGACAUUACGAAGACUGGACAAGCAGAUUAAGAGUUACCAUGUCUCCAUCAACCCGUAUGUACCUAAUCUUAAAAUAUUAUACUUCAUUUUCACAUUUCAAAACUGAAUACUUGGAAGGAGAAAUUUAUCUCUAAACUCCAGAGUUUAUUUCAACUGUUGCCAAAUUUGAAUAUUUUAGUUACACCUGGUUCACAAUGGAGACCUUGGAGGAAACGUGGGAGAGUUUGGAAAAGAUUAUUCAAGUAAGUUGAACUUCUUAAUUCGCCAGAAAGCUUGCCCGGUGUGGAUAUACACUCAGAGUAACAUCACAAGCAUCUUAUUCACCUGAGUUCAUUACACCAACACAGAAAAAAAUCAUGAUUACAGGCAAAGAUUAGAUAUUACCAUUUGCAUUCAAGCGUUAAGCGAAAUUACGGUUUGUUUCCGGUUUUGAGAACAUGGGUUUGCCCAUGAAAACUGUACGUUUGACAGGUCAAACUUGUACGUUUCACUUUUCGAUUUUCAAAACAACACUUCGCUGGGCGGGGCUUACAGACAUAUAUACAUUUAUACAUUUGAAUAUUUGAUUUUAUUUAUUAGUGAUUUAGUGUUUAUACUCAAAACCAACAAAUGGAUAAUUUUAAAACGAAUAAGUCUGGAAGAUCCUAUAUUAGUGGAAAACCUUUAUCAGAAGACUUUCGAGUAUUAAUCUUGGACACAAUUAUUGAGAAGGGAGGAGACAGUUUAACAGGUUAUAUUCCAGUUACUUAUAUCGAGAUUGCGAAACGUUUCUGCGUUUCGCAGCAAACAGUUGCAAAGAUAUGGAGGGAAUUUUGCCAAAGAAACAGUUUUGCUGUACAAUCCCGUGGAGGACUACGUAUUAAUAAUCGCAAAUUAACUGACAAUGACUUGGAACUGAUCGAAACGUUGAAAGCAAAUAAGGGAUCGAUCUCAAUGCGAGAAAUAAGCGAAAUUUUAGAAGAGUUCGGAGAUGUCCAAGGCGGAAUUGCGAUGUCAACAAUUUCCCGCGCGAUAAAAUCAAGAUUACUGUCAGGCAAGAAAUAUUCUCGGAAGAAGAUCACGCACGUCGCGCUACAGAGGUUUACCUUCACAAAUGUUUUGUAUACACAACUGUUCGUAAAUUACCUAAGUUCGAAAGACGCUAGAAAAAUAAAGUUUUUCGACGAAGCGGGUAUAAAGUCACCAGAUGCAGGCAUUCGUCUAUACGGGCAUGCACCUGUUGGAGAAAGAUGCGUCGAAGUGGAAAGAAAGCUCGAAAAUCCCAACACAACUUUAAACCUUCUCGUUUCUCUAAAUGGAGUUGAAUACUAUAACAUGUUGGAUGGAGCAACCGACACAGUCCAGUUCCUAAAUUUCUUUGAAGAAGCUGCGAAUGCAGUCAAUUUUGAGACGACACGACCAGCGCUUGAAGUGGGCGAUAUUGUGGUCAUGGACAAUCUUGCAGUGCACCAUUAUGAAGGUGGAGAGUUGCUCGAAGAGUACCUUGCUGAUAUGGGGAUUGAAUUAUUAUUUACCCCUGUAUAUUCCCCAGACCUCAAUCCCGUUGAACUAUGUUUUAAUAAAAUUAAAACACAGCUGAAUUAUAAUUUUCAAAAAGUAUUCAAGGCAAAUUUAAAACUGGCCACCGUAUUAGCCCUUGAAACAAUUACUGUGGAAGACAUGUCUCAUUUCUAUAACCUGACAUCAUAUUUAUUCGAACUGUAA